AUGAGGGCUAAAGUCUCAGACAUGCACAGUAAGGACUGUGUCAAAGUGGCUGUCAGAGUCCGACCGUUCAACAAGAGAGAGAGGGAUGCGGGCAGUCGCUGUAUCAUAUCCAUGGUUUCGAGCUCCAUCACCAUCCAGGAUCCACGGGAUUCCCAGAACCGACGGUCUUUCUGUUUCGAUUAUGCCUAUUGGUCCCACAGCGGUUUCACAAGAGACCACAGGGGUAUCUAUGUGCCUGAAGAGCCAGGAGGGAGAUACGCUGACCAGGACAGCGUGUUCCAAGAUUUGGGAGAAGGAAUAUUGGAAAAUGCGCUGCAGGGUUAUAAUGCCACAUUGUUAGCCUACGGUCAGACCGGCUCAGGGAAGAGUUACUCGAUGAUGGGUUAUGGGCCUAACAAAGGCCUGAUUCCUAAACUCUGCGACCGGUUGUUUCAAGCCAUCAAAGAAAACCAGGAGAACAGACAAUGUCAGGUCUUUUUCAGUAUGUUGGAAAUCUAUAAUGAGCAGGUGGUUGACUUGCUGUCUCGGGCGUCUCGGACUCCGGGCGGGCUCAGAGUCAGAGAGGAGCAGCAACGAGGUUUCUAUGUGGAGGGUCUCCGCACAGUCCCCUGCGAGACUGCAGCUCAGGUGGAGCAGUUGAUGGAGCAGGGGACGAGGACUCGAACCACUGCCGCCACCCACAUGAACGCCAACAGCAGUCGAUCGCACAUGCUCAUUAUCCUCCAGCUCAAACAGAUCUUCUCUAAAGAGAGCAUCACGAAGCAGUCCAACAUAAACCUGGUGGACCUGGCUGGCAGUGAGCGUCAGCGUUCAUCGGGGUCAGAAGCUGAUAGGCUCAAAGAGGGCACGGCCAUCAACCUGAGCCUCACCACCCUGGGCAAUGUCAUCAGCUCCCUGGCUGAUGUUGCGGUGGGGAAGAAGGUUGUCCAUAUUCCUUACAGAGACUCGGCCCUCACAAAGUUGCUGCAGUCUGCACUGGGAGGCAACAGUCGCACUGUUAUGAUUGCCACAUUGAGCCCUGCUGAUAUCUGCUAUGAGGAGUCUCUCUCCACGCUGCGCUAUGCUGAGAGGGCAAAGCGUAUCCAGAACCGUGCAGUGGUGAACGAGAGCCCCACCGAGCGUCUCGUUAAAGAACUAAAGGCAGAGAACGCCAGACUGUUGCAGCGUCUGAGCCGUCUGGGCCAGGAGGGACGCAGGGCGAAUGACGAGACCAAGGAGCUCCGUCAGCUGCUGACCCACAAUGAGCUUCAGAUCAGAGCCAUUCAGACUCUAUGGGAGCAGCAUGUGCAGGAGGCCCUGAAAGACUGGGAGCAACAGUAUGCUAACAUCACACAGGAGAGGAGGAUGAUGCAGAUGCAUCCCUACAUCCUGAACAUCAACGAGGAUGCUCAGCUGUCAGGGGUGGUGAAGCUUUUCAUCCAGGAGGGGGAAUGGGACAUCGGACUGUGUGACUCCUCCCCACGGUCCAUUUGUAUCAAGGGUCUAGGGAUCCAGGAACGUCAUGCUGUGUUCAGGAAUGAACAGCGCAGGGUAACGCUGACCCCGAUGACAGGAACAAAGGUUAUUGUAAAUGGCAAUCCUGUUUCCCAGGCAACAGAGCUGCAGCACCUGGAUCGCCUCAUUCUGGGUUCCAACUGCACCUACCUGUUCAUUGGUUAUCCAUCAGAGAGAUGCGGGGAUGACUGGAGUCGCUAUGAUUACGAUUACUUCCAGUCUGAACUGGCUGCAGCUGAGGGCAUCCACCUGGGUGAGUCCAGUGCUGGAUCGAGUCAGACAGACCCCAGUCUGCUAGCUGUCUUCUUUGAUUACAUCAAAUUGAUGCCCAUGGUGGCUGAGGCCAACCAGAUGAGCCAGGAAUUGAGCAAGGAUGUGGAGUUCAAGCUGGAGAUUAAAAAUCUGGCACUGUCAGAUUCAAAAGGCCACGAUCUAGAGAAAGACAUCGUUGUCAGAGUCACCUCCAAGGGAACCAAGCAGGUCUGGAUGUGGUCCAAAGCCAAGUUUAUUAACCGCAAGUUUCUGAUGGAAGAGGUUUACCAGCAGCAUUUGGCAGAGCAGAGCGGAGACAAUGAAGUAGCCGGGCUGUCAACAGUAACAUUACCCAGAGAUAAAGACCCAUUCUGGGAUCCAAUUGAGCCUCUUCUCCUGGGCACUGCCCACCUUUGGCUCCAAUCGUUGGCCUUCCGCAUCCCUCUGGAAGAGCAGCUAGAGGUGUUGGGGUCAGAGGGCACAGAGGAAGGCAUUCUACAAACACAGCUGGUCCCCUGCUCUUCAACUGGACUCCCUCUGGGUGAGGAUGACAUCCUGAUUGACCCAUCAGAGAUACUGGGUAGACGACUAGACUUCCAGCUGGUCCUGGAUCAGUGUUGUGGCUUACGCUGGAUCAGAGAGGCCCGCAAUCGAGGUGUUCAAAUUGGUUUCAGGUUAUUUGACUGCAGCCAGCCUCUGUACACUCCAGCUGUUUGGCACAACGUGAAUCCUCUGCUGGAUCACAGAGUCCACUUUGCCUCCCUCCACACCUCCCAGCGUCUGCUAGACUUCCUGCAGAGCAGCGCUGUGGUGCUGGAGCUCUGGGGCCUUCAAGAGGGCUGCACUCAGUUGAAGUCUUCACUGGAAGGUGUGCGGAUGACUGCAGAUGGCAUCUUCAUCAUUGAUGAGUCGAGUCCAACAGAAAACACACCUGUAGACCCCUCAGACCUCAGUUGUUCAGUAAGAGCUCUUCAGCAGGACUUAGAUGAACUAAAGAGUGUUAAUGAAUCACUGAGGAAAGAGAAUCACAAUCUGAGGGAACAACUCAACACAGCCAGGAAUGGUGGCGAGGGUGCGCGUAGUCGCUCGGUGCGUCCCAGCUGUGAUGCAGAGUUUGCCCGCGCUCUGAAGGUUUUCUAUCACAGCAUGACUUCAGUAAGAGGUCAGCUGCAGCGCCUGCGCAGACACAGGCCCAGCGAGGAGUCAGACCUGCUGGGGCUCAGACUGUUUGUGGAUGAGCAGAGUCAUUUGCUGAGAGACUUCUCGGAGCAGCUGGAACAGAACGUCUCUACGCUCAAACAAGAUGUGGCCGCCAUCGUCCGCCGGAAACGAGAACGAUCAGGAAUCUGGUCUUGACCAGGGUUUUUAUUUUUUAGGAAAGUAUACAUUUAUGUUGACACUUUAAUUUCGCAACUCUGCAGAUAUUCCGGUUGAGGGUAUGAAAUGAGCAGAACCAGGUUCUUACAAACUAAAUUCUUUGUUUGGGUAAAUAAACAUGACGGGGAUCUGUUAUGAUGUUCCUCAUUUUCUGUCAUAUACACUUUUCAAAUGGUACAUGCUUGUGUUAAAGCUGGAAAAGCCAUUGAGAUAAUGAGGUACCUGAGAGCCAAAAGCCUUUCUACUCUUAGCUCUGAAGGAUGUCACCGAGAGCAGAUAUCCCGAAUAUCUAAUAUCUGAGGCACAGCAGCUCCACUCACUUGUUUUAACAGUCAAAUUGACUGAGGGGCUACAAACGCUCAGUGAAAUCAAAAGGGGCUGUUUUGAAAUAGAAAUCAUGAAAAGCUACUCUAAUGGAGUUUAAGAAUGAGAGCAUGGGGUUAGAAAUGAGGCCUAACAGAUUAGAAUUAGUUCCCAUUAAUGAACACUACAUGCACAGUGGACCAUGUUCAACACAGUUUAUACAUAAAAGUAUUCACCAUAUUUUCUGUAAUACUUCCUUCUUACUUUUUGUCUGUAAAAUGAAGUUUAUUCCGGUGGAUUAUUCUUUUAGUAC